AUGGGCCUCCAGGCGCAGCGGCAACAGCUGGCUUCUGCCCAGGAGGAGCUUGCCGGUGUGCGGCUGCAGCUGGAGGCGGAGACUCGCGCCCGAGAGGCUGCAGAGGAAAGACUCCGGGAAGCCUCGGUGGAUUUCGCGCGCAAGCUGGCAGCUAUGCAGGCGCGCGUGCUCGAAGCUGAGCGCGACGUGGUGCUGGGCAGCCAGGUGCUGGUGGCACGCAGCGCACCCUCCAGCGGGGGGACUAUGGCCAUCUCCUCUCCGGAAGGACUGUCGCGUGCCAGCGACACGCCUCGCCGCUUGGCGCCUGUCCCGCCACCGCCGCGGGCAGACGAGGCAGCCUUUAGCCGCUGUCGUGUGCGUGCAGGCCCAGGUGGUGGAGCAAGUGGGCGCCGCACGCGCUCGGCGCAACAUCGCCUGGAGCCGCUGGAAAGUCCAGAGGGGCUGCCCAGUGAGGAGCUUGAAGAGGUGGAGCAGAGCCUCAAGGACAGCAGCGCCAAGGAGAAGAAGAGCUGGGCCAUCGCCAUCCAGGCUUUGACGCUGACCUUCCUAGCUGAAUGGGGAGACCGGUCCCAAAUCUCGACCAUUGCACUGGCAGCGGCCAAGGACCCUUUGGGUGUGACACUGGGUGGCAUCAUUGGCCAUUCAUGUUGCACCACACUGGCGGUGCUGGGCGGCCGGGUGCUGGCCGAGCACAUCUCAGAGCGCAUGGUGGUUACGGCUGGCGGGGUGCUUUUCCUUUGCUUUGCGGUGCAUGGUGCCAUCAUGGGCGCAGGCGCGCGCUGCUACGUGGCCGGCAGGCUUGCAGAGCAGUGCUUCGAGAGGUCGCGGCAACAGGCGAAUCAGACCAACAUGAAGUUCGUGGCAAUUCUGCCUCUCGCGGCCGCUGUUGUUCUUCAAGGGCCGGAGAAGUAUGAGGAUGCCUUCCACCAAUUUCUGGACAAGCAUCACCGGGGCUACAAGAAAGGCAGCACGGAAUACGUGCAACGGCUGGAGCUCUUCACCCAGCGGUUCGAGGAGGCACAGCACCUCAACUCUCAGCCUGGCCGCACCUGGAAAGCGGGCAUUACCCCGCUGGCUGACUUGACAUCCCAGGAGCUGAGCAAGCUGAAGGGUUGGGCUGGUGCAGCCAGCCCCACCAGGGGCCACGGAAAGCAGCUCAGGAGUGGCAUGUCUUUGCUCCAGAACGACCUUCCGGAGGAGUUCAUGAACUGGACAACCUUGGAGACCUUGAAGGAUGUGAAUGAUCAGGGCUCCUGUGGAUCGUGCUGGGCGGUGACUGCAGCAACCGUGCUGGAUACGCACAGGGAGAUCUAUCACAAAGAGGAGGCUUCCUCAGAUCUGUCAGCGCAGCAGCUGGUAGACUGCGUGCCAAAUCCCCGGAACUGCGGAGGCUCUGGUGGCUGCUCGGGUGCCACAGUGGAGCUUGCCAUGGCCUACACCCUGAAGAACGGCCUGGCCACAGAAGCCACAGUGCCGUAUGCAGGAACUGACGGCACCUGCACUUCUUCCUCACUGCUGCAGUUUGCUGGCCAGGAGGACGUGCUUGCUUCUGGCGUGAGGAUGGCCUCGGCUGACUCAAUUGGCUUCCAGACUCUCCGCAUGCGUGGCUGGGAGAGGCUUCCAGAGAACAAGUAUGAGCCCUUGAUGAGAGCCCUGGUCUUCCGCGGCCCCGUUGCCGUGUCUGUCAGUGCCACUGGAUGGGAGAUGUACCUUGAGGGCGUUUUCGGCGAUUGCUCCAAAGAUGCCGUCAUCGAUCAUGCGGUGACUCUGAUCGGCUACGGCAAGGAUGCGGCGCGAGACAUGAAGUACUGGACGAUCCAGAAUUCCUGGGGCUCGAGCUUCGGCGAGGAAGGCAAAAUCCGUUUGCAUCGCCAAGACGACGAGGACCAGUACUGUGGCGUUGACCGUCAGCCGCAGCUGGGCACUGCCUGUGAGGGUGGCCCUGCGGAGGUCCGAGUUUGUGGCAUGCGCGGCUCGGCCCGGGAAGCUGCCGUGCCUCGGCGGCCUCCGGAGCCACAGAGCCAGGGCGGAAUGCCUUGGCCAGCCAUCAUCCUUGGCGGCAUAGGCAUUGGUGCUUUUGCAGCACGCUCGGGUUUCCGCGCCCUGCGUGCCUCCGGGGUGAAGAUGAACAUCACCAUGCCCUCCUUCAGCGGUGGUGGGAUCCAGGGCUUCGAGACACCCAUGAGCCGUGGGGAGGCAAGGAAGAUCCUGAACAUCUCCUCGGUAGCUCCCAGCAAGGAUGCGGUCCGUGAAGCACAUCGAAGGUUAUUGAUUGCCAAUCACCCGGACAAGGGUGGUUCCACGUACAUCGCCUCGAAGAUCAACGAGGCGAAGGAAGUGAUGUUGGGCAAGAAGACAACCUGA